AUGGCGCCCCCAGGAAAUGUUAUCUGUACAGGGCCGCUGCACAAAUUUACCCUGCGCACAACAGCCCAUGACUACCCUGAAAUCAAUCCAGGAAGCUUCGCCAACAAGUUUCGAGGACAGACUGCCCUAAUCACCGGAUCUGGCCGCGGAAUUGGGAAGUCCAUUGCCGCUGCAUUUGCAAGUGCAGGAUACUCUGUGGCAAUAACUGCCCGAAGUGCCGAUCAAGUCGACGCCACAGUAAAAGAACUACAAAAGCAGUAUCCCGAUAACAAGUUUAUUGGGGUCGCCGCAGAUGGCUGCGAUCGAAAUGACCUGGAGAAGCUGGUUAGCACAGUUAACCAAAAACUUGGUGAUAUCGAUGUGUUAGUGUGCAACGCGGGGACAAAUACGUUCAUGCCCUUCACUAUGACAGACCCGGACGAUUGGUGGUAUUCCUUGGAAAUCAAUCUGAAAUCUCCGACCGAGCUCACUAGGAUUGUACUACCACAAAUGCGGAAACGUAAUUCUGGAAAGAUUAUCUAUACUUCAUCAAGAGCAGCAGUCGCGGACCUUCCCUGGACGACUGCCUACGGAGCCGGUAAAACGGGCAUCACACGCUUUGCAGCUUGUCUACAGGUUGAGCUCGAUCAGACCCAGAAGAUAGAUUUUGGCUUCGAAGAGAACGGAAUUUCUCUAUUCAGUAUCCAUCCUGGGGAGAUUGAAACGGAUCUCCACACGACAGGAUUUCCCGAGAAGACACAUAAGGAUGCUCCAUAUAUUAUCGAGCACAUGAGGGCCCUAGACGCCAAACGACCCCAUUUCGAUGCAUCUCUACCAGCCUAUACUUGUGUCUACCUUGCUUCGGGGAAAGCGCAGAAGCUUCGUGGGCAAUACGUGGAUUGCACCCGCGAUAUUGGGGAGGUAUUGGCUGCAAGACCUUAG